UGAGCGAUGCGGAACACAGGUCACAUGAGGAAUUUAAUUGUGUUCCAUUAUCAUAUUUAACUUCUUUUACGGUAAGUCAAAAGUGAAAACGGAAUGGGCGGCAGCGCUCAUCGUCAUUCGUCACCGGCGAUCGAUGGAGGCAACGUCUUUCGGAAGGAUACUCAGACAUUUAAACCCUCAGAAUGGAAUUGUCCGCGCGCUGCGUAGCAGUAUUGUCACUUUGCGCGUAUGUUUCUGCGAUUGUCGGCCCGGCCGGAAAUGGAACUAAGUCCAUUAAAACUGAUACAUAUCUGGAUGCUUACUCCAAGUCCCGUAUCGAAGCUGAAAAGGCUAAAAAAGGAGUCAUUAUAGUGACUGCUAAGGAUGGAGAGAAGAAGAUUUCCAAUCGUGAUGACAGUUUUUCCGGUUACGAUUAUUCUCCAUCAUAUACUGAUAACAGUUUUAGCUCUUCAAGCUCAUCAGGCUUUUCAGGACCUCCUUCGAACAACUAUCUACCGUCAAACCCAGUGAAGUUCGAGUCGGAGAUCACGUAUAACGCCCCAGCGAACAACUACGGACCGCCGCCGCAGAAGUAUGGUCCGCCGGCAAACAGUUACGGGCCACCAGCGCAGAGCUAUGGACCCCCUGCGCAGUCGUACGGACCGCCCGCGCCCGUGUAUGGUCCCCCUAAACCCGUGUACGGACCCCCUCCGCAGCCUUCAUGGCCGGGCAUGCCUUUCACGGCGCCCGCCCUGGGAUUCCUCGACAAGUUGCACUUGAAGCUGGAUAUCUUGACGAUCGCGAAACUGUUGCUCAAGCUGCUGAUCUUCAAGAAGAUUGUGACGAUGAUCGCCGUAGUGUGCAUGCUGCUCGUGAUUCCUAAGCUGAUCUCGUUCAAGAAAGACGGUGGUGGUGGCCACAACGACGAGGACGAAAGGAGCUUUGGAAAUAGCAACUUUGUGCAACUGACGUCAGCGCAGCAGCUGUUGGAGCGCGCGAUCUCGGUGUACGGUCGGCAGGAACCCGACUGCGGUGUUGUAUGCCGGUUACGGAGGGUGGUGGACGAUAUAUACGAGUUCCAGCCUUAUGUCAGGCACAACUCGUGAGCAUCCAGUAGGUAAGAGUUAAUAUUAGGAUGCCAUUUCAUUAAACAAGUCAUAAAUUAUUGUAUUAGAAUAAGUAUUUAUUUGGAAUAUUUUAGUCAAUUAUAUAAAUAAAUUUGUAUAUAGUU